CAGUCAUCCACCUGGCCAGGAAACAAGCAGACCUCUUCACCAAAUCCAGGCGACUUUUAAGGUUUCUUCAGCCAUGGACAAAUUAAAAUCGGUUUUAAGCGGCGAAGAGGCGCGCAGAGAUGACAGAACCGUUUUACAGACUGUCAAUGAAGCCUCAACUUUAGGCUGGGGCACACGCGUGAAGGGAUUCAUCGCCUGUUUCGUGGUGGGGGCCGUGUGCACAGUUUUGGGAGUGUGUAUGCUCUUCCUCCCCAGGAUCGGGCUCACUCUCUUCAUUGUUUUUUACACUUUCGGAAACAUAUGUGCUCUGUGCAGCACCAUGUUUCUGAUGGGGCCAUUGAAGCAGUUGAAAAGGAUGUGUGACAAAACAAGAGCGCUGGCCACCACAAUAAUGAUCACUUGCCUUGUGUUGACUCUCUGCGCAGCCUUCUGGUGGAAGAACUUUGGACUUGCUUUGUUAUUUUGCAUCUUGCAAGUCUUGUCCUUUGCCUGGUACAGUCUGUCAUACAUCCCAUUUGUGAGGGAGGCAAUAAUGAAGAUGGUGGCGAUGUGCGUGAAGUGAGGCGGGGGCGAAGUGUUGGUGCGGAGGGUUCCGGCUGAAUGAAGUGGGGGGUUUUUGUGUUGUUGUUUUUAGGAAAGGGGCAGGUCUCUUACUGAAGUUACUGAAACAGCCUCCUCGUAGUUCUGCUUCAGGGUCUGUGACUCUUCCUGCUGCACAGCCCUCUGUCGACAUGUGAACAAGACACAUGUUUUAUCUCAAAAGAUGUUUCUUUUUCUUGUGUAUGCUUCAUUCACUGAGCUGAUUGAUUUAUAUGUACCUAUUGAUAACUUACACCAAUUUUAGUGAGCGUGGGCUUGGUUUGUAAUAUGUGUAAAUAUUUGUAAUAAAUUAACGUGUUAAUGGUUUUGUAAAUGAA